CUGCAGUGAUAUGUACUUGAAAAACUUUUGUAAUAGCUUAUAAUGAAUUACGAGCUAGCAGGAACAAACUUAAAAGUAUUUGCAAAAGCUGUUCAGUGUCUUAGCAAAAUUGGUGACUAUAUAUACUUUGAUGCUUACAGUGGAAAAUUGCUUUUGCGGUCCUCGUGCAGUUCCCGUUCAGCUUAUUGCCAUUUUUCUUUCAGUCUUAAUUUUUUUCAAUUACAAAGCCGAAGAGAACUUUUUAGCCGUAACCAGGAAGAUGCGCUACAUUGUUGCUUAUUAGGAAAGACUCUUACACCUCUUUUUAAAACGUGUUUGUCUGGCGAAAAGUUAGUGGAGCACUGCCAAUUGUGUAUACCGUCGUCCGAAGAAACCACGUGUGAGUUGAAAUUGCGUUGUAAAUAUGGUGUCGAGAAAAUUUAUAACUUUAACGUGAUUGUUGGCGACCUGUUGCCGUUAAUUACUUACAAAGAAAAGUGUAGAACAGUUAUUACACUUCAGAACGCCCUUCUCAGCGAACUUUUGCUUAACUUUCCCUCGAAUAUUGCAGAAAUUACGCUUUCCGUUAAAGAAACUCAACUUUGCCUUAAGUCGUGCGACGGUGACUUGUUCGCAGCGGAUUCGCGGCUGCACACCGAAUUUUCUAUUGAAUGUAAAGAACUAUUGGAGUAUGCGUACCAGCGGGAUCUGCUGCUAACCUUCCCCGUGCGCGGCCUUCGCGCUUUUCUUUGCUUUUGUGAGGGCUUUCGAACGCGGCUGACCCUCUAUUUGGACGAAGGGGGAAGGCCAAUCAGCGUCUUCUUCAGUGAUAUUUGCCAAGCAGAAUUAAUAUUGUCCACCUGCGAUGAUGAGGAUGUCAGCAGCGCGCCCUUUACUGGCUUCGCUGAUGAGUCGAACGUCACAUUUGAGGCCGAAAUGCAAGAAGGCGUCUGCGAAGAUGACAUUUUGAACGGAGCUUCCACCGGAUCGCCAGAACAUACAGCACGCGUUACCGUAGAGGGACCAGCAAGGACAGAACAAGUUGUGCCAGUCGACUCAGAAGACGAUUUUGUUGUUCAAUCCACGCCAGUCGCCUCCGACGAGCCACUCUUCUUACUCUCCGAAAAUCUGUCGGAAGGCAGCGACGCAGACCUGCAAGACGCCACUCGCCACGGAAAACCGAGAAGGCGCUGUAAUUCAGCGCGUAAAAGGGUUUAGAGUACUAAUAAAGAUUUAUGGGGGGAAGUUCUUAAAUGUUCUAAAGAAAAUCCAAGUUCCUCAGAUGUAGUUUUU